AAGUUUCCUAGAGUUUGGAAGAGUAUGGAUACCAGAAACGUUUAUCAGUCGAAGAAAUUUUCAGAUUCAGAGAAAAGCCAAUUCUCAUAUACUGAGACUCGAGAAAGGUUGUCGACAGCAGAGCAACUCUUACAAGAGACGAGGAAGCAAGGGUCGAAGGCUGCAAGCAAAACUGAACAAGUUAGUAGGCCAGAAAGAAGUUACGAUCAUCUCAGUGACAUUGACCCUAAACUUGGCAGUUCCGCUGUCUCUAAUGGAAUAUCCAUGAAAGAUAACACAGUGUUUUCAACCGAGUUGUUACGAGAAUCUCUUGAUUCUGUCAGACCUCGCUAUGAUCCUGUAGUAGCUACUGCUUACUUCCGUACGCGGUCCUUGGAUGUGAGGAAGAGACAAAUAAGAAUUACGGUGCCUAUUAUGUUAUUUCUUAGUAAAGUAAUUCUGGACUGGCAACGUGGUGUAGAAAAGCGGAACCGUCGGAAGAGGGCCAAAGAGUUUCUUAGUAUUAUUGCCAGUCUAGGACCAGCGUUUAUCAAAGGUGGCCAAGCACUUUCAUCUAGGCCAGACUUGCUUCCUCCUGAAUAUUUAGAAGAAUUGCAAAAGCUUCAGGAUCGCCUUCCUCCUUUUCCAAACGAAGUAGCAUUUUCGUUAAUAGAGAGUCAACUGAAGAAACCAGUUUCAGAGAUAUUUGUAAAGAUUGAACCGGAACCGGUAGCAGUCGCAUCUAUUGGCCAAGUAUACAAGGCAUAUUUGAGAAAUGGAGAAGCAGUUGCAGUAAAAGUGCAGCGACCAGAAUGUGAGAAGAUAAUUGCUCUGGAUAUUUAUAUUCUCCGUCAGUUGAGUGGAACACUAAGCAAGGCAUUGAAAAUGUUAAGAAGAGAUAUCAAUUUGCAAUCCAUUAUUGAAGAAUUUGGAAAGCUCAUUUAUGAAGAGAUAGACUACAUAUCUGAAGCUAGAAAUGGAGAAAGAUUUAGACAGUUAUAUUCAAGUAUUCCAUAUGUAUAUGUACCAAAAGUUUAUUGGGAAUAUACUCGAGACAAAGUCUUGACUAUGGAGUGGGUUGACGGAACACGAUUGACCGAUACGGACAAGUACGGAAUGGACGCUUCACGUUUGGUUGAGACAAUGGUGCGUUGCUCACUGAAACAAAUGUUGGAGGUUGGUUACUUUCAUGCGGAUCCUCACGGUGGAAACCUGAUGGCAACAAAGGAUGGGAAACUGUGCUACUUAGAUUUUGGAAUGAUGUCAGAGUUGAAACCAGCUCAGCGUUAUGGAAUUAUUGAAGCUGUUGUGCAUAUGGUUAAUCGCGAUUUUCGUUCCUUGGCUCGACUUUAUGUACGCUUAGGAUUUCUUCCGGAAGACACUCAUUUGGAUCCUAUUGUAGAAGCACUGAAUCGUGCAUUACCAGAUGUUUUAGGAGCUUCGGUUGGAGAACUCAAUUUCAAGUCGGUAAUUGAUAAACUUGGUUCUGUUAUGUAUCGCUUUCCAUUUCGGUUACCAGCAUAUUAUACUGCCAUUAUACGUUGUUUGGGAGUAUUGGAAGGCGUUGCCAUUCAAGUUGAUCGCAAUUUUAAAAUUCUUAAUGAAGCUUAUCCAUAUAUUGCAGCGAGGCUAUUGACAGAUCCCUCUCCUGAGUUGCAGGAUGCUCUUCGUGAUUUGAUAUUUAAAGAUGGUAGACCUCGUUGGAGUCGACUAGAGAGCCUUGUAGAGUCUGCAAGUACGAAACCUGAAUAUGACAUUGGAGCAGCACUUGACUUGUUGAGUGACUUUCUAUUGGGAAACAAAGCGAGAGAUAUUCGCUCACAUUUAGUGGAAGAUAUAACUACAGCUGUGGAUCAGUUAUUUUUGGAUAUUGUAUUGUAUUAUCGGCAAUUGUUUAUUCGAAAUAUAUCAAGGCUGGAUAUUCCUAUUUUGAAAGGGAACAUGUUUAGUAGCCAUUCUCGUCAUUUGGAGAAUGACACAUCUUCUGAACCUCAAUUGACUCGUUCUAUGGAAGUCACUAUGAAAAUUUUGGCCAUUUUAAUUCGCAGUCGAGGUUUAGAACCAUCACAGAUAGCUGAAUUGGUUCGCAAGUGGGUAAUGCAUGCGGAAGGAAGACGAUUUGGUUUUCAGUUAUCUUUUGGUUUGGCAGAAAAGUUGUCCAAUCGAUUGAUUAAACUGGUAUUUGAUUUGCCCGAUCGUUUCUCCGGUUAAAGUUAUGUGUGAAUAUCUAUUAACAUUUUUGGGGAAAAGAGACGUGUUUAGCUUCAAUCAUGUCGUUGUAGUACAAAGUAAAUAAAAGUAUUGUUCAUAAGAGACAGGAAGAAUCGAUUUCCCUAGUAAGUCGUUCAGUUCUCCAAUAUCUUGUUGUUCUUAUCGCCGUGGACAACUUUGAAAUACUAUGGGAACUUGCUACUCUCUAUGUUUCCACUUGUCGAGCAGAGUAAUAAGAAGUCUGGAAUGCAUCUAGGUUCCAAAAUCUAUUGUUGUUGAAGCCAUAAAGUCUUUGUAAUAGUCUUCUCUUUGAAGUUGUUGUCCUUCAAUAGCCUUUAAAAACUGUUCUAACAACAACACAAGGAGAGAAAACAGUCUCAAGUUCUCUUUUUACGGCAAAAACUACGUAGCAAUUGUUCACAAAGCUCUGUAAAGACUUGAAUUUCCUUUGAUGGAAUCCAUUUCUAUAACUCUUUUUUAUAGUUGUGGAAACGAGUAUUCUGCGUCAAGUAGGGACGUUGCGAAAGUAAUUCCG